GCUCAGCCAAAAUUAGCUGGCUACCCCUCACCACCACCGCAUCACCACCCUCAGGUCAAAGUUGAACGCCAUCGAAAAUCAAUUCCCUCCCCCCCUUUGAACACGCUGCCUGUGCCUGUACGCUCUUCUAUCCCCAACCGAGAUUUGCCACCUCCCACGCCAUUAUCUGUUCACCGGAGUGCUUCAGAAAUCAGACUACCCUCUAUUCGAGAUCUCAUGGGCUGGCCACCGUCUGAACCUCACCACCUCCCUCCACCUCAAGCAUCUCACCAUCGACCUCAAGAAGAAGAGAUCGCUCGUGCCAUGAUGCAACUUGCAAGUGAUGCUAUAUAGACCAAUUUUCCCCAUUUCUUUCUUAAUGUAUGCCCAUUUUUUUUCUCUCAACGGAGGCAGAAAAAAAAGGAGCCUUUUCUGUAGAUUUUUUUUUGGUUUUUCCAAAUCAAGAACCUUUAUUACCAAACUGAAUGCCUUUUUUGGCAAGUGCGAAGAACAUCUCUUGCCAGCUUUGAAUUAUUUUUAUUAUUUUUUAUUAUUUUCUAGUGGCUGCUGGAAAGGUAUCCAUUGUAUAGGAGGAUAUAGAGUAGUGAGAGAUAAAAUAAUAAUGGGUGGUGGGGAAUUACGUACAUUGGGUUGUAGAACAAGAACAUUACAAACAGUAAAAAAAAAAAAAUACACACAAGGAUGAUCUAGUCCAUAA